AUGCCAUUAGUGAAAAGAAACAUUGAUCCUAGGCACUUGUGUCACACAGCACUGCCUAGAGGAAUUAAGAAUGAACUGGAAUGUGUGACCAACAUUUCCUUGGCAAAUAUAAUUAGACAACUAAGUAGCCUAAGUAAAUAUGCUGAAGAUAUAUUUGGAGAAUUAUUCAAUGAAGCACAUAGUUUUUCCUUCAGAGUUAACUCAUUACAAGAGCGUGUGGACCGUUUAUCUGUCAGUGUUACACAGCUUGAUCCUAAAGAAGAAGAAUUAUCUUUGCAAGAUAUAACAAUGAGAAAAGCCUUCCGAAGUUCUACAAUUCAAGAUCAGCAGCUUUUCGACCGUAAGACUUUGCCUAUUCCAUUACAAGAGACAUAUGAUGUUUGUGAACAGCCUCCUCCUCUCAAUAUACUCACUCCUUACAGAGAUGAUGGUAAAGAAGGUUUGAAGUUUUAUACCAAUCCUUCAUACUUCUUUGAUCUUUGGAAAGAAAAAAUGUUACAGGAUACAGAGGAUAAGAGGAAGGAAAAGAGGAAGCAGAAGCAGAAAAAUCUAGAUCGUCCUCAUGAACCAGAAAAAGUGCCAAGAGCACCUCAUGACAGGCGGAGAGAAUGGCAGAAGCUGGCCCAAGGUCCAGAGCUGGCUGAAGAUGAUGCUAAUCUCUUACAUAAGCAUAUUGAAGUUGCUAAUGGCCCAGCUUCUCAUUUUGAAACAAGACCUCAGACAUAUGUGGAUCAUAUGGAUGGAUCUUACUCACUUUCUGCCUUGCCAUUUAGUCAGAUGAGUGAGCUCCUGACUAGAGCUGAGGAAAGGGUUUUAGUCAGACCACAUGAACCUCCUCCACCUCCACCAAUGCAUGGAGCAGGAGAUGCGAAACCCAUACCCACCUGUAUCAGUUCUGCUACAGGUUUGAUAGAAAAUCGUCCUCAGUCACCAGCUACAGGCAGGACACCUGUGUUUGUGAGCCCCACCCCACCACCUCCUCCACCACCUCUUCCAUCUGCCUUGUCAACUUCUUCAUUAAGAGCUUCGAUGACUUCAACUCCUCCCCCACCAGUACCACCCCCACCUCCACCUCCAACCACUGCUUUGCAAGCUCCAGCAGUACCACCACCUCCAGCUCCUCUUCAGAUUGCCCCUGGAGUUCUUCAUCCAGCUCCUCCUCCAAUUGCACCUCCUCUAGUACAGCCCUCUCCACCAGUAGCUAGAGCUGCCCCAGUAUGCGAGACUGUACCAGUUCAUCCACUCCCACAAGGAGAAGUCCAAGGGCUGCCUCCACCCCCACCACCGCCUCCUUUGCCUCCACCUGGCAUUCGACCAUCAUCACCUGUCACAGUUGCAGCUCUUGCUCAUCCUCCCUCUGGGCUACAUCCAACUCCAUCUACUGCCCCAGGUCCCCAUGUUCCAUUAAUGCCUCCAUCUCCUCCAUCACAAGUUACACCUGCUUCUGAGCCAAAGCGUCAUCCAUCAACCCUACCAGUAAUCAGUGACGCCAGAAGUGUACUUCUGGAAGCAAUACGAAAAGGUAUUCAGCUACGAAAAGUCGAAGAGCAGCGUGAACAGGAAGCUAAACAUGAACGCAUUGAAAAUGAUGUUGCCACCAUCCUCUCCCGUCGUAUUGCUGUGGAAUACAGUGAUUCAGAAGAUGAUUCAGAAUUUGAUGAAGUAGAUUGGUUGGAGUAA